AUUCUGUGAACUGCUUGAUGUGUUCGAACUCUCGGUUCAGUAUCUCAGAUUUCCAUCAUACGAGGUCUUUUCUCAUAAGUCCUCGACGUACGAUGUUUGCCCCUGUGCUCCAGCUUGAUAAAGCUACGUUUUUGAUUCACUGUGCCAGUACUUGCAUUGGCGUCGCGCUACUAUAGUAAUGGAUGAACUUCACGCAAUCCUUCAAGCGCUUUCGCUAUGAUCUGAUUCAUGAACUCUGGAGAUCGAAUGGAACAUUCGUUGUAUCUCCGGCGAUUUUCCUUACUCUACAUAGGAAUUUCUUUGCCGCCCGCGUACGACGGGCUUUGUGGAAAGUCAUUGUCACGUUCGACGCAAAUAUUGCAUUUACAAUAGCCACUCCUUCAAGUGCCUGUGCAUAUUUGGUCUAUGUAGUGGAUGAAAGUUUGACCACAAGGAAACAUUCGAACACCUUGUUUUAUCCUCAAUUUAUCCGAAUUUAACAGCGAUUGCGCUACAUGAACUGCCCAAGUUGGAAUUGGCCUCCAUUUUCGGUAGUCUCCUCGUCACUUGGCUGUAUAUCCGACGAUA